UUUCUAGAUGGGUGUCUGAACAUCGAAAUCAAGCAAAAAAGACACAAACGUGGUAUCUCUCAGUGAGCUUAAUGAUCCUCCAAUGAAGGAAAUAACAGAUGUGAAUGAACUCAAAAUUUCCCAAGGAGAUUUUGUCCUUGAAAAGAAUAGUAGAUUUAGAGACUCCUACCAAAUAGGCCCUGCAAUAGGCUCAGGCUCGUUUGGAGAAGUUCGAAAGUGAAAAUAAUAAGCUCACCAAACAAGCCAGGGCUGUGAAGAUUAUUAAGAAAGAAGCACUUGAAGGUAACGAGAAAAUACGCUUCUUUUAUGAAAUGGAAAUCAUGAAAAAACUCGAUCAUCCGAAUAUUCUUAGAAUUUAUGAGGUUUUCCAGGAUGAGAAGAGGUAUUUCCUUAUUACAGAGCUCUGAUCUGGCGGAGAGUUAUUUGAUGAGAUAGCGAAAUAAGACCUUUUACAAUGAGAGUGAUGCUGCUAUUAUUAUUCACCAAAUAUUAGAAGCAAUCUCAUACUGCCAUUCAAAAAGUAUUGUACAUAGAGAUCUCAAGCCCGAGAAUGUCCUCAUAGACUCAACGAAUAAUAACCUAAUAAAAAUAAUAGAUUUUGGGACAAGCUACAAGAUGAAACCUGGUCAGAAAAUGAGUCAGCCAUUUGGAACUUCAUAUUAUAUUGCUCCAGAAGUUUUAUACACAAAUUAUGAUGAAAAAUGAGAUUGAUGGAGUAUCGGAGUUAUCAUGUACAUUCUUCUCUGAGGCAAGCCUCCUUUCGAAGGUGAGACAGAUAAAGAAAUUUGAAAGAAAGUAAGAGAUGGCAGAUACACCAUCGAAGGAGGCCAAUGGGAAGAAGUCACAGAUGAAGCAAAGGAUUUAAUAAAGAAAUUAAUGACUUAUGAUCCCAAGAGACGAAUCAGCUGAUCAGAAGCUCUAAACCAUCCUUGGUUUUUAAGUCAAAUUAAUGAAGAAGGUGACAUAGCAAACACCAUAACAGCUUUGGAGAAUUUGAGAGAUUUUAAAACCACCAAGAAAUUACAACAAGCUGCGAUUGCUUUUAUUGUAUCACAACUAGCCUCUAAAGAGCAAAUGCAUGACCUCCAAAAAGCUUUCAAGCAUCUUGAUGUGAACAAGACUGGUGUCCUCACCAAAGAGGAGUUGAAGAUUGGAUACAAGGAGUUUAUAGGAGAUGGAGCCGAAGAAGAAGUAGACAGAAUUAUGCUAAUGGCUGAUACUGACAAAAGCGGAGCUAUCGAUUACUCUGAGUGGGUAGUUGCCACAAUCAGCAAAAAGGAACUCCUUUCAGAUGAAAAACUCAAACAAGCAUUUAAUCUCUUCGAUGGAGAUGGAGGAGGUUCAAUAUCAUCAUGAGAAAUAAAGGAGGUAUUGGGAAUUGGAAAGACAUUUGAUGAAAGAAUUUGGGGUGAAAUCAUAUCAGAAGUAGAUAUCAACGGUGAUGGUGAGAUUUCAUAUGAAGAAUUUAAAGCAAUGAUGUCAAAGCUCCUCACCGAUGAAAAUCUUGGAGGAAGGGUCACUCAAGAAGAUGAAGAAGAGCAAAUCCUUAAAGAAGUUGAGAAGGAUCUAUAG